AUCAAGGAUUUUCUACCGGUGGUGCCGCACCCCUACGAGCCUCCCGAACCGUCCUUCGACACGGUCGCCCGGGACGCCUCACAGCCCAACGGGGUCCUGCGGCGGAGGGCAGAGAACAGCACGGCGAAGCCCUUCAAGCGCACAGAGAUCCGCCUGCCUGGGGCCCUGGCCUUGGGUCGCCGGCCCGAGGUAACCUCGCGAGUGAGAGCGCGCGGCCCUGGAGGAGAGAACAGGGAUGCAGAGGCCCAGCGCCUGGUCCCCGACGGCGACGGUCGCACCAGCCCUCUAGGCGGCGCCCGCAGCUCAUCCCAGCGCUCCCCCGUAGGGCCAGCAGGGGUCCGAUCGCCCCGCCCCGGCUCCCCUCAGAUGCAAGCCAGCCCGAGCCCUGGGAUAGCACCCAAACCGAAGACACCACCUACGGCCCCCGAGCCCGCGGCUGCCGUCCAGGCGCCACUCCCGCGGGAGCCCCUGGCGUUGGCGGGCAGGACGGCCCCAGCCCAGCCCCGCGCUGCCUCGGCGCCUCCCACGGACCGGUCCCCGCAAAGCCCCUCCCAGGGAGCGCGCAGGCAGCCCGGGGCCGCGCCCCUGGGGAAGGUCUUGGUGGACCCCGAGAGCGGCCGCUACUACUUUGUGGAGGCGCCGCGGCAGCCUCGGCUGCGGGUGCUCUUCGACCCUGAGAGUGGGCAGUACGUGGAGGUGUUGCUGCCGCCCUCGUCUCCCGGGCCGCCCCACCGCGUCUACACCCCUCUGGCCCUGGGGCUCGGCCUCUACCCGCCCGCCUAUGGGCCUAUACCCAGCCUCUCUCUGCCACCGUCCCCGGGCCCGCAGGCCCUCGGCAGCCCCCAGCUACCCUGGGUCUCUGAGGCAGGGCCCCUGGACGGGACCUACUACCUGCCGGUGAGCGGGACCCCCAACCCCGCACCUCCUCUGCUCCUCUGUGCGCCGCCCUCCAGUUCAGGUCCCACCCAGCCCGGCAAGGGUUCAUUGUUCCCGCUGUGAGGCCCCGGGCCGAUCCCCGUGGAGUUGGAGCCCUUGGAUGCCUGGGAGAUUCUGGCAUCCAAGCCCCUACCCUCCUCUCUUUCCGUUGCCUCUGUCUUUAACCCAUCCCAGUCAGUCGUCGGACAGGAAGUGAUCUUCAGAGAAUGAAUCUGAGCCCCGAGGCUGGUGGAGCUGGAGUCACCCAGGAAGUGGCUGCCUACUUCCUCCCCCAACAAAAUUAUGUAUCCCUUUCCCAGGCAUUCCCAGGGCGUGGUGUGGUGUGGUGUGUGGGUGUGUGUAUAUGUGUAUAUGCGGGCAAGCAAAUAGGGAAAGUGAGGCAUCCCUGGGCUUGUCCCCAGGAGCCGAUCAGAGGAGGUGCUGUGGCUGCCGUGGGGCAGCAGGAACGGGAGCAGCAGGAGACAGGGCGGGGAACUGUCUGCCCUCCCUGAUGGCGGGCCCAGCUGAGGUGAGGCUGGCCAGUGCCCCUGGUGAGGUGGCAGGAAGGACUCUGGCUGUCGAGUCUGCUCUUAGGAAGAGGAGCUGAGCUUUGGCCCUGGAGGUUACUGGGGGGAAAGUGGCCAGUACAGCCCAGGCCAGGCUGGCUCCGAGAAAGAGAGCUAAGGCGGGGGACAGCAGGUGGAGGCAAAGCAAGGAAUACAGGGAGGGCCUGGGUUGGGGGUGAGCCUGGAACUUGGGGUGGGAAGAUGGGGAGCCUGGCCCUCAGAGCUGAGCUGACUCGUUUUUGGGCCAGGGGUGGGGCUUCAGUCCCCCACCCCCUACAUCGGGAGUAGGUGAAAUGGUCAUCAGGAAGCUCUGAGAAGAAGGAGGGUUGGGCUGUUGUCCCACAGGAGCCUCUUGACCCCUCUAUGUGGCCAGAAGGUGGGUUAGGGCCAGCAGUAGAAGCGAUACCCCUGGUGGAGUAUCCAGAGGGAUCUGAAGCUCUUGGCAGGUUCCACUCCCCAGUAACAGAUGUGGCAACAAUGCCCAGAGAGGGGCUGGCCCUACAGACCAGUCACAGCAAGGGACAGGGCCCAGAGCCUGCACUUCAGUUGCCCUGAGAUUCCAGGAGCCUCUGAGGGAGAUGAGGGGGGUCUGCAUGAGGUGGGAGGUGGUGUGCGUGGGGGUCUGUAUAUAGUUCUGAACCGGAAAUGGCUGGCCCUUGCCAGCCUGGUGUGUGAUGUGAUGAGUUUGGGAAGGACAGUUUCCAUGAGAAGCAGUGGCAGGGAUGGGGAUGGAUGCCUUCGUUGUUCCAGGCCUGUCAGGGGGCCCAGGUCCCUAGCAGUCCCUGCCCUCUGCCCUGGACUGGAAGCUGACUAGGAGAGCUACGAAUCAGAACAACUGGCCAUUUUCUAGCUGGAGAUGCCAGCUCCGAUGGCAUGGAGGGCCCUGGGGCCACCCCAGGUGUCUUUACCUCAUCCUGGUGUGUAAUAAAUCACUGACCAUGGAGCCAUCAUGGCUGAAAUAACUGGUGUGAGGUGCCUGAUUUCCUGCCAUGGCCUCUCAACACCCCCCACAGUGCCCUUCCAUGCCUGGGUAUGGCCUGGGUGGAGGGGACCUCAGGGCUAGGGAAGGAGACCAUGUGUGUCUUGGAAACAAUGUAGCAUCCCUGUCUCCCUGAACUUGCCUCCCAGGAGGCUGGCAGCCACACCUCAUUCCUUCUGGUGGUUGAGUGGCCAGGGAGCCUUGGGGUCAAUCAGGCUUGGGUUUCUCAGCAUGGCCCCUCUAGCUAUGUGGCCUUGGAUUUGUCACCUCUCUCUGAGCCUUUGUGUCGGAAGAGGCAGAAUAAACAUGACAGUCUCAUUUCUCAGAAAGGUCAAUGAAACAAAAAAAGAUGAUGACGGCAGCCAACCAACUCUUCCCACAAGGCACUCAGCACAGUGCCUGCCACUUGGCCAGAUCACAGGAUGUGGGCAGUAUCAGCCCCUAUGUGUUCCUGUCUAGGCCCAGCCCCUCUCCUUGCCUCAUUGCUCCCUAUCUGUGAAAUGGAGCUGAGAUGGCUGGAGCCAGGGUCCAGCUAGAGGACAAUGCCCACGUGGCAUCUUCGGGGCCCUGGAGGAGGGAGUGGGAGGAGGAUGGGAGGGGUGAGGUGUCAGUUCCCCAUUGGUCUAGGCCAGGUGUUCUGUGGCGGUCCCCACACCACACAAGCACACACACAUCUGCACCUCAACCACAGACUACACUUGCUGAACUGGCUCCUGGGGCCAUGAGGCUGUCACUGCCACUGCUGCUGCUGCUGCUGGGAGCCUGGGCCAUCCCAGGGGGCCUCGGGGACAGGGCGCCACUCACAGCCACAGCCCCACAACUGGAUGAUGAGGAGAUGUACUCAGCCCACAUGCCCGCUCACCUGCGCUGUGAUGCCUGCAGAGCUGUGGCUUACCAGAUGUGGCAAAAUCUGGCAAAGGCAGAGACCAAACUUCAUACCUCAAACUCUGGGGGGCGGCGGGAACUGAGCGAGUCGGUCUACACAGAUGUCCUGGACCGGAGCUGCUCCCGGAACUGGCAGGACUACGGAGUUCGAGAAGUGGACCAAGUGAAACGUCUCACAGGCCCAGGACUUAGCGAGGGGCCAGAGCCAAGCAUCAGCGUGAUGGUCACAGGGGGCCCCUGGCCUACCAGGCUCUCCAGGACAUGUUUGCACUACUUGGGGGAGUUUGGAGAAGACCAGAUCUAUGAAGCCCACCAACAAGGCCGAGGGGCUCUGGAGGCAUUGCUAUGUGGGGGACCCCAGGGGGCCUGCUCAGAGAAGGUGUCAGCCACAAGAGAAGAGCUCUAGUCCUGGACUCUACCCUCCUCUGAAAGAAGCUGGGGCUUGCUCUGACGGUCUCCACUCCUGUCUGCAGGCAGCCAGGAGGGCAGGAAGCCCUUGCUCUGUGCUGCCAUCCUGCCUCCCUCCUCCAGCCUCAGGGCACUCGGGCCUGGGUGGGAGUCAACGCCUUCCCCUCUGGACUCAAAUAAAACCCAGUGACCUCA